AUGUUGAUUGGGAUUUCUGGAACCACCAGCAGUGGGAAGACCGAAGUAGCGAGAUAUUUGACAUUCCAGGGAUUUACAUUGAUUGGAAUCAAAGGAGAAUCCAAUGGAGUCACGACCAAAAGUUCAGAUAUCGAAACUGAUGGUAAUAUAUAUACCUCAUCGAUGGAAUAUCAACAAUUUGAAUCAUUGAAUGAAUUGGUUGAUUAUGUGACAUUAAACUGGAGAAGUAACUUUGUAUUCAACAAUCUCGAUCAAAUUGAAACUUUAAACAUUUUCCAAAAAAGACCUUUCUUUUUACACAUAUCAGUUGAUGCUCCUAUGAAUUUACGAUACCAAAGAUAUAAAGCCAAAAAUCAAAUAGAUAUCACUUUAGAACAAUUUUUGCAAGAAAAUGAUAAGAAAUUAUUCUGUAAUGAGAACCCGUUGAUUGAAAUCAAUAACCAAGCCAAUAUUAAAAUCAUCAACACUUCCAAUUCCAUUAAGAAUCUCUUCAUAAAAUUAUCUGAAUUGAAUUUGAUUGAUUUAUCUCGAUUAAGACCUAGUUGGGAUUCAUAUUUCAUGAGAUUAGCUGAUUUAGCAGCAUUGAGAUCAAAUUGUAUGAAACGUAGAGUGGGGUGUGUAAUAGUAAGGGGGAAUACUGUGGUAGCUACAGGUUAUAAUGGAACACCUAGACAUUUAACUAAUUGUAAUGAAGGAGGAUGUGAUAGAUGUAAUAAGGGACAAGGGUCAGGUGCGGCAUUAUCAACAUGUUUAUGUCUUCAUGCUGAAGAAAAUGCAUUAUUAGAAAGUGGUAGAGAUAGAAUUAAUGGUCAUAAAGAUGGUAGUACAUUAUAUUGUAAUACAUGUCCAUGUUUAACCUGUUCAAUAAAAAUUGUUCAAAGUGGUAUAACUGAAGUGGUUUAUGCUCAAAGUUAUUCAAUGGAUGAAGCUACGCAUAGAGUCAUGCUGGAAGCAGGGAUCGUUUUGAGACAAUUCUCUCCGGCUAAAGAUGGGAUUUUUAUUUAG